GAUUGUCAGGGUUCUGAAUCCCUUCAUUUUGCUUAUUUUUCUAUCAUUUUCUAUCAGAUUUCUAAGCAUCGUUUCAUUCCCCCUGAAACCUGUUGUUAGUUGCCAAAAUUACGAAUACAGAUAUGAAAAAUUUUACGCUUCUCCACAGCAUCAGAAAUACAUAACCAUCGUUAAAACCUUAAAACCUUAAUUUUAAUUCUUUACGAAUAUUAACUCUUCAUCAUGUCCGCUUCCCAAGAGAGACAGUCCGGUCACAGCUCGGACGAAAGUCGCUUGUCACCAUCUCUGGGCCCUGACCUUUCAGGCAACGAAGCCCUCAAGCAACCCCAAGUCGAAAAACCAGCACCAGACCCCUCUCCUCGAAACAUUCAUGGUGUCAAGUGGUUCCUCGUUGUCUGCGCCCUUCUCUCCGCCCUGUUCCUCUACGCUCUAGACAACACUGUAGUCGCCAAUGUUCAAGCCAAAGUCGUAGAAACCUACCAACGCGUUGAUCUCGUCCCCUGGCUUGGUGUCUCUUUCGCCCUCGCCUCAGCCGCAACAACACUUCCCUGGUCCAAAGCCUAUGGCACGUUUUCAGCUAAAAAGCUAUUCAUCGGCUCAACUACUGUCUUCAUGGGUGCUUCUGCGCUCUGUGGUGGCGCACCCGAUAUCAACUCCUUCAUCGUCGGUCGUGCCAUUGCUGGAGCGGGAGGCUGUGGCAUGUACAUGGGCCUUUUGACACUGAUGUCAGUCACCACUACGAAUGCCGAGAGACCAAAGUAUCUUAGCCUUACGGGUUUUAUCUGGGGUAUCGGCACUGUUCUUGGCCCUGUAGUUGGAGGCUCGCUUGGCGAUAGUAGUGCGACUUGGCGAUGGGCCUUCUACCUGAACUUACUGGUCGGGGCUGUUAUUGGACCCAUCUACUUUCUUCUCCUCCCCGACUUUAAGCCUCAGGCUGGUGUCCCCUUGGUCAGUCGUCUAGCUCAGAUCGACUAUCUCGGCACGGUCCUGUCCAUUGGCUCCGUCCUUUGUCUCAUCAUGGCGAUGAACUUUGGAGGAGUCCUUUGGAGUUGGGAUGCAGGCAGGAGCAUUGGUUUGUUUGUCACAGCUGGUGUCUUGCUCAUCCUGUUUGUCCUCCAGCAGGUCUUCCAGAUCGGCACUACGUUUGAGAACCGGCUGUUUCCCAUGCACUUCUGGAAGAGCCGUACUAUGAUUUGUCUCUUCUUCACAAUGAUGCUGGCAACAUUCGGCAGCUUUAUUGGCAUUUUCUACCUGCCACUCUACUACCAAUUCACUCACGGAAUCACGGCUGUAGAGACAUCAGUACACCUGUUGCCCUUCAUCCUGUUUCUCGUCGCCUUCAACCUGUUGAAUGGUCAGUUCAUGGGCCGAACAGGCUACUACUAUCCCUGGUACAUUGUAGGCUCUCUGAUGGAGUUAAUCGGCGGAGUUCUAAUGUAUACCGUGGAUGAGCAUACAUCGAACGCCAAGAUCUACGGCUAUACUAUUAUCCUCGGCACUGGCGUUGGCUGUUUCUGUCAAGCCGGUUUCGCAGUCGCCCAGAUGAAAGUACAGCCCAACGAGAUCCCUUAUAGUGUUGGCUUCAUGACAGUUGGGCAGAUGCUGGGUAUCGUAUUUGGUACUGGUAUGUCUGGCGCUCUGUUCGUCAACUAUGGCCAGCAAGCUCUCCAGCGCGUCUUCCCCAACGUCUCUCAGAACGAGAUAGCCGACGCUCUCGCUGGUGUUGGUAGCGGACUCAUCGAUUCUGCAAAGCCUGAAGUCAAGGCAGAGGCUAUUCACGGAAUCACGAGAGCGAUCCAACUCGCAUACGUACCUAUCAUUGCGGCCGGGUCCAUUUGUCUACUUUGCAGUCUCGCGAUGAGGAGGGAGAAGGUAUUCCACUAAGAGGGGGUUGGGGACUGACAGAUUAUCAGGACUGCUCUUGAUUCAGUGGCGCCAUCCUGGUAAUCUCUGCCUCCAGGCUUGACAGACAACUUUCCAAGAUCUGGGGAUAGCAAGAAGAGGGCAGUAUUUUGCUAAGGAGAUAGAACGAUCCUCUUUAACCCGUCUACAGGGUAUGUUGGUAAUAGUAGACUAGUCUCGGGGGAUAAUUACUGCGCAUGGAACAACAUUCAAGCCAAGCGGAUUCACAACUCAAAUUACAGUAGCUUUAUAUCUAUUCAAAAAUAAUAACAAAUUUAACAUAA